UCGGUCUCCCUCUGUCCCUCCCUCUUUCCUUCUCAGUUUGCUAUUGACCCAGCAGCCCCGUCCCCCUGGCAGCUGCGGCAGGCAUUCCUUCUCCCCCGUGCUGUGCGCUGCGUGCCAGGUCCCUGCUCCCGGCCGGGCGACUGGAGACUCAGUGCCCCCAGCGCUCCGCUGGGCAGUGCUGUCUGGAUUUCUCCAGGAAUCCCAGGAGGGGCUCGCUGGACGGCUAAGGGCUACUUGAUUUAAGGAGCUUGCGGUCAGGGUGAAGAAAGACAGCUGCUGCAUGAACUCCCUGAGCUGAUGAGUCUUAUUAUAGCCCAGCGGGCGGAAGACAGAGCACUGCACCUCACCUCUCAGGCAAAGGUGGAGGGGAAGCAGGAGGCCAUCCGGCAGCAAGAGCGAGGCCCAAGCUGCACACCUGACUCAGCAGCAGACUCUGCCUCCUCGGGGGCCAUGGACUGACAGCACACACCGAGAGGCUCCUCUCUCCCCAGAGGUUCAGGGCCUUGAGAGCUGUGGCAUUCACCAUGCUGGCCCGGGGCAGUGGCCCCGAGCAAAGGACCGGGCUUGCCGUGCUGUGGAGGCAGAUUUACUGGAUCACCUGCUGGAUCACCCUGUAUGCUGUGGAGGCCCUCCCCGCCUGCCCCUUCUCCUGUAAGUGUGACAGCCGCAGCCUGGAGGUGGACUGCAGUGGCUUAGGCCUCACCAUGGUGCCCCCGGACUUGCCCGCUGCCACCCGAACCCUCUUACUCUUGAACAAUAAGCUGAGUGCCCUGCCUAGCUGGGCAUUCGCCAAUCUGUCCAGCCUGCAGCGGCUGGACCUAUCCAACAACUUCCUGGACCAGCUGCCCCGUUCCAUUUUCCGGGACCUGACGAAUCUUACAGAGCUGCAGCUGCGCAAUAACAGCAUCAGGACCCUGGACAGGGACCUGCUGCAGCACUCGCCCCUGCUUCGCCACCUGGACCUGUCCAUCAACGGCCUGGCCCAGCUGCCGCCUGGCCUUUUCGAUGGACUCCCGGCUCUGCGCUCCCUAUCACUUCGCUCCAACCGUCUGCAGAACCUGGACCGGCUGACAUUUGAACCCCUCGCAAGCCUGCAGCUGCUGCAGGUUGGGGACAAUCCCUGGGAAUGCGACUGUAACCUACGUGAUUUCAAGCACUGGAUGGAGUGGUUUUCCUACCGAGGGGGGCGCCUGGACCAGCUUGCCUGCACCCUACCUAAGGAACUGAGGGGGAAGGACAUGCGUGUGGUCCCCAUGGAGAUGUUCAACUACUGCUCCCAGCUGGAGGAUGAGAAUAGCUCAGCUGGGCUGGAUAUUCCUGGGCCACCCUGUACCAAGGCAAGCCCUGAACCUGCUAAACCCAAGCCAGGGGCUGAGCCUGAGCCCGAGCCCAGCACUGCUUGCCCCCAGAAGCAGAGGUAUCGGCCGGUGAGCGUGAGGCGGGCCAUUGGCACGGUGAUCAUCGCGGGGGUUGUCUGUGGCAUUGUCUGCAUCAUGAUGGUGGUGGCUGCUGCCUAUGGCUGCAUCUAUGCUUCCCUUAUGGCCAAGUACCACCGGGAGCUCAAGAAGAGGCAGCCCCUAAUGGGGGACCCGGAGGGUGAGCAUGAAGACCAGAAGCAGAUCUCUUCUGUGGCGUGAGAGCCCAGCCCCACUUGGCCUAGGGACACCGGCCCAGAGGCCUUGAAGCUACAGCAUGUGUGGAUGGCAGCCUCCCGGGAGCCCAGGCACAUACACCACUGGGCAUUUCUUCAGCGCUAAGGACAUCAUCACUGCCAGGCCCCAUGGGGACACCCACCAGUUCCACUCCUAUAGCCUGCAGCCCAAGAACCAUUGCUCUGUACCCCUCACCCCUCCAUCUUAAGCAGCUCUAGGCCUGGGACCUUGGGGCGGGGACUGGGUCAUGAUUGGUGGCAUCUUGGGAAAGCAGGUGGCCCUCACCAAAGCUCACUGCCUGCCAGCAUAUUCCAAGCAGACCCCAGGGGCAGAGAGAGGGCUGCCCCAUUCUGCUCAGAAGCCUCAGUUGUGGGGUCCCUUUCCCAGGGUUUUACGUGCUCAGUCUGGCUUUCUGGAGGUUUUAAUUGCACCUGGACUGGGCUCCAAACCAGAGCAUGGGCCAGGGGGCCUGUUUGUUACUAGCAGCCUACACAAAAGGGGCGGCAGGUGAGAAGAUGGCUGUAUGGGGCUUGGGGGUCACUAGUCCCCUCUUGUAGGUCUGUGCCCUCCUGCAAGUCUGAUCUCAGAUGAGUACUAGGUCUCCCUCUGCUGGACACAAGUUUUCCAAGGCUUUUGGAGGGUCGGGAGGCAUCAGGCUGGUUUCUGGCUCCAUGACAGGAGUCUUGGUGGUGGCCUGGGAAGAGGCCACUGGAACACUGAGGUCAAGGGUCUGAAGAGGAACAGGGAAGGACAGGGCAUGUCCACCUUGCCUUGCACCCCUCGAUCCUUCCACCUCAUAGAGGACCAUGGUAGGUGAAGGAUGUUGUGGGGGAAGGCAGGGAAUGCUGCUUAGCAGGCUGCUAAACAUGUCUCCUGAGGCUGGGGGCACAGUCUUCCUUCUUUCCAGCUAAUACCAGAUCUAGGCAUUUUCUAAGGGAAAGAGAGGGGAGGGGUGGGUGUUGUCAAUGGUGGUACCUUCAGCCAGAGACAGAAGAUUUUUAAAGGCAAAAUUAUAUUUCUGGUUUGUUGUUUCAGAAGAACAAUAAAGACUGUA